AUUCCACUAGAAAAGAAACACAUUUUUGUUUUUAUUGCCACAUGAUUCGCCGAUGCAGAAUCGUUAGCAGAUCACGUUUCUUACAAAUUAUAUAUGAAUUGCUCAAAUGGCAGUGCCAUGGAUCUAACAAAAACAUAACAUGUGGGCUGAUAAGUGGCGUGUUGAGAGUAAAACAAAUCGAUUUCAGCACGCACCUGAGAUGCAAAAUGAGCGUUGUGUAGCAGAGAAAGAGAUGUGUUGGAUAACUUCCGCGAUUAGUGGAUCGUGUCUCAGCACUAGCUGAUAUAAAACGAUACUGAUCCUUCCGACUCCCAUCCACCGUUCAGCCCGAUCCAGUAUGGCUAGUUGUAAGCUCGUCUCACUGGUUGUUCUGCUGGUUGUGAUAGCGCACAGCUGUCUUGGAGAAGAGGAAUCCUGUUUAGAGAACAAAUUCUUUAAAGGCUGCAUCGAGGACAAAUUCAAGGCAACCUUCGAGGAAAUUAUUGACUUGAAGUUCAAAUUCAACAUACUGCUUAUUGACGUUCGGCAACCGGAGGAGCUAAAUUGCACUGGAUGGAUUCCCAACAGCAUUAAUAUUCCUCUUGCUUCGAUUAGCUUUGAUUUGCAGCUUACGGCUAACAAGUUUUUAUGCAUAUAUGGUCGGAAGAAACCCACUUUUGACGAUUUGGUAAUAUUCUACUGUAAUUCCGGGAAUCGAUCGGCGAAGGCUGCCCUUCUUGCCCUUCAAUUAGGAUUUAAGAAUGUGAAAAAUUAUGUUGGAUCUUGGAUAGAAUAUGCGAAGCAUUUUGGAUUACCUUUGGGGUGCACUGGCUGGACACCCGCACCAGAUCUCCGUUACUCAGGCCAUCCGGAAGACGCUCCCAGUAGAACCAAUCCUCGAGCACGACGACACGCCACGUCGUCCCUUACGAAUCGAAACAUACGAAACAACAUUAAUAUUAAACAGCGAGGAAGCCCGUUCAAACUCUGGCACGAUACGGCACACAUCGAAAGCCACUAA